AUGUCGGCUUACAACUUAUCGAAGCUCUCGCGGGGCAUACUCAAGCGACAUCGGAAGGAGCCGCCGUCGCUGACCGUUCACCUGCACCAGAAUCACUUUCGCUUUGAGCAUCUCGCCGGCACAUUCACCUUUGACAGUCCCCUCAAGAUCUUUCUGGAUGCCAUGAGGGAGCAGCGGCUACCCCAUGAGAUGCUGGAUAUUCUCGAUGCUUCAGCCGUGCCGUUCUACGAUGGGUGUCUGAUCGUCCAAGUACACGAUCAUCGGUCGGUCACACCGAACGCAUCUGCCAGCACAUCAGCCGCCAAGCGAACAGGUCCAGCGGGGUUCGACCCAAACGGGCCUCUCACAAGCGCGUCGAGCCAGGCUGGCGCUGCCAGUAAAGAGGCGGAAGUCAGCACUUCUGCCACUGCGAACAAAGCAGAGGUGUCCAGGCUGGUCCUUACGCCAGACUCGAGCACGCUCUGGCUCGACCUGCUCGCGCUCAAUCAGGCCAAGAAUAGUCAGUGGACCGAACAGGACGCGUUGCAAAAUGAAGCCGUCAUACUCGCAUUGACAUGUCCACCCUUGUGUCUCGCGCCAACGAUCGAAGUCACACGCCUAGCGCACGAUGCCCUCGCGUCCUCUGCCUCCUCACUCUUGCCCAGUCAGACAAAGACGGGUCCCACAGAGACCGAAGCCGAGGAAGAGCGAAGACUACAGCGCGAACGUAUCAUGCGCAUCAUGGACGAUCGCUUCGGCAAGGAUUUCGCUCCUUCGUUCGAUCGCAUUGCUUUCGUACAGAGCUGGCAUGAGAGGCAGAAAGAGGCCGAGCGGACGAAGCAAAAGCCAAAUCUGACGCCUGCAGAAGCCGCCGCCAAAGGCAUACAAGCCGCCGCACAUGCAGCAGCCGGCAUGGCUUACCCCGGUCGACCCCAUAUGUCUUUACAAGGCUCAACAUCAGGCAGUAGUCCAGCUGCAUCGAUCACGAUGUCCUCGAAGAACGCCCCAUCCAAGAAGAUCAUCAAGAAAGCCCAACCGAAAGUCGAAGCGAAGCCCACAUCGUCAAUCAAUAUCAAGGCGACAGGCAAGAAACCUGGCAAGCCUGUCGAACCGGCGCGCUCAGGUUCUCAAUCCUCUGGUAAACCAGUCAAGAGGUCCGGCUCGGUGACCACCAGUCGGGAAGCCUCUGUUGCCGACAUUUCUGUCGGCAACGAUAUCUCUUUCGGCGCAAGUACCCCGCAAGGUAACGAUCUCGCCGUCGGAAUCGGUCUCAACGGUCUUCAGCUGCCUGCGCGACUCGACUUUAGCAAUGCUCCUGCCCAGAGUUGGAAUUGA